AUGGCGCAUGUGGCCACACGCACUGUGCUUCUUUUGACCCUGGCCCUGCGUGCACUUGCACUUGCAGCUCCAUCGUGCCUGGCACCGGCCUUAGUUGUGGAAUGCUCCAAGUUUACCUCUUCCGCGAAAUCCCUGUCUUGGGAUCGGCUGCAGGAUGAAGACGGCUACGGCACGCUGCUCCUGCAGAAAGAGGGAAGAAAGGCCUACACCGCCUCAGCCGCAACGGGCCUUCAGACCAACUUGAGAAUGGAAUCUGCCAGUCGGGUACUGAAACAGCGCGUGAAGCGGAGGCACCUGGCCAUAGUCUUGCACCCGAACUCCUCAAUCGGAGCGCGCUGCGUUUUGCUGCUGUUGAUCAAGGGUCUUGGAAAUUGUGAGGACGGCUGGUGUGUCUAUGGCGGCCUUGGCGAAUGGACCAGCAACUGUGCAGUCAGCCGACGAAAGGCUGACCCGCGGAGCUUCGCCGAGUUCUUCAACGAGUUUUACAAGUUGUACAUACCGCAGUCCAACAUGUCAAAGACGCUCAGGCUGCCCGAUGGGCGCAGCCUUCACAACAUCGUCGACUGGUCAUAUCCCCUGGACGAUGCCUACUGCUGGAUUUUGGGCUGGUACGACCUGGACCGGAAAGCGGCCGUCAACAACUACACCUACCUCACUGAGGUUUCAACGGCCUCGUGCCGAAGUCUGGAGCAGAGCAUUCCCAACUAUCAUCAGAUUAGCCUCAAUGGCCUGAUGGAGGAGUCCAAGAAAGACACGGAAGAGAUCGACAACCUUUGGGCAUCGCAAGAGCCGGCGCCAGUGCUGCAUCUGUCCCAGGACUUUGUGGACGGGAUGAAACUACAUGCAGCAGCCAAGUGUCUGCUGGCUGGCGGUGAGGGUGGCGUCUGCGACGUUGCCAACUGCGCGUUGCGUGGUUGUCGCUUAGACAAUGACAGGCGACUGCCCUCCGGUGUAGUGGCUCGGGUGAGCGUGGAGUACACGCCCUACUUGUAUCCAGUCAGGGCCGACAUCACGAGCCCGAGAAGCUGUCUGCCUGAUGAAGACGGCUAUGGCACGCUGCUCCUGCAGAAAGAGGGAAGAAAGGUUUCGGUGCAGGUUCUUGCAGUGGAUUGUCAUCGGCCAUUCGGCUGCUGGGAAGUUCUGUCCAGUGGCAAGAUGAUCUUGGCAGAUAAAGCCCUGGUGCCAAUUCUGGAGGUUCUUGCCAAGCGCCCAGGCUUCACUCGCACAACGGCUCGAAGAUAA